AAUGUGGGGAUCUCGGUACCUACACGGAAUUAUUUUCUGGUGCUGCGCAUUUCCUUCCUAUGUUGCAGAGCGGUACAUACGGAUUUCCAUUGGCUCGGCCACUUCACCAAUCAGAAUGCAGAAGGAGGGACCAAACCACGAGGCUCGUCAGGACGUUGGGAGAAAUGGACCAGUGAAACAUUGCUGUGUCCCUAAGGUUGAACCAGAAAUAAUACAGAUACAAAUAAAAGAAGAACCCCCAGAAUCUGAAGAUCGCCCCAAUCCAAUGGGAAGUGCCAAUGGGGAAAUUUUCCAGCAAGUCAAUACAGAGAGUGAAAAUACGAAUCCUCUGUACACGGCCAGGAAUGACACCAAAUCCAUGGCCAGGGCUGUGACUUGGCUCCAUGAUGAGGGAAGUCGGGACCCAGAAGCAAAUAGACUUUGGCUAAGGCACAAGAGCUUGGCGGAUAUGACUGACGGCUCAGAGAUACUGGAUACGGCCACUGGACCACUACCUGGGGCAUUGCCAGGGCUGAUACAGCACAAAGCACCGACUAAUGCAGAAAGUGAGUCUGACACAAGUAAGGAGGAGGGCACAGCAAGUGCUGAAGUAUUGGGAUAUAUCUGCGGGAAAUGUGGCAAGUGUUUCUCUGUGACUAGUGACCUUAUUACUCACCACUGCUCACUCAACUGGAAUGAGGAUCCCGCCAUUAGCCACAAGCAGCCUGAGCUGAAAAACUUUAACUGUAAGUUCUGCGGCAAGUUCUGCAGCACUAAAUACGCUCUGCAAAUCCACGAAUUUGUGCACACGGGGGAAAAACCCUACCAAUGCUCCGAGUGCGGCAAAUGCUUCGCUCAGAGGAGUAACCUCAACAGCCACCGAAAAACGCACACAGGGGUGAAACCGUUCAAGUGCACAGAGUGCGGGAGACAUUUCUUGAAAAAGAGCAACUUGCAGUCGCACCAGAAGCUUCACGGGGAGAAUCCAUUCACCUGUCCCGAGUGCGGGGCGGGCUUUUCUACAAAGAGUAGCCUCAAGAAACACAAACAGACUCACACGGAAAGUGCUUAAAUAUGCGAAAGGUUUGUGUGGGACGAGCGACAGUCACAAUCACCAGUGGAUCGGAAGUUAUUUUCAUUCAAGUGCAAUACUGGGAAACUGUAAAGGGGUCACCUUUGAGUUAAGAUUUAGUAUGUUAUAGAAUGGCUAAUUCUAAACAACUUUUCAA